AUGGCUGAUGAACAAGCUUACAGUGACUACUUCUUGGAUUAUAAAGCCAUUAUGGAAGAGGUCGUCUUAUUGGAACAACCUCAAUCUGGAUUUGUCAUCAAAUCACGUCCAUAUCACUUAUCGUGUAAAGCUUUAAAUGCCAAAAAGAUUCGUUUCAAAUGUAAUAAUAGAUGGUUGGAUGAGUCCCGCUAUGAAUCGGUUUUGGGAACAGAUCCAUCUAGUCAAUUACCAUAUUUGGAGAGUACAAUUGAAAUCAACCGACAAGAGGUUGAAAAUGUGAAUGAAGUCAAAUGCCAGUGUUAUGCCUCCGGUACCAGUGAUGAUCACGUUGUGCGUUCAGACACCGCUGAAAUCCGAGUUGCUUUUAUGCGAAAGCAUUUCACUCAAACACCUUUAAGUGAACGUGUUGCUGAGGGAUCGUCAGCUCAAUUGUUCUGUGGAGCUCCCGAGAGUGAGCCAAAAGCUCAGAUUGCCUGGCUGAAAGAUGGACAAGUGCUCGAGCGUUACACUGAUAGCCAUGUUAUAUAUGGUAGUGAUGGAAGUCUGAUCUUUUCAUCUGUUCGUCUAUCUGACUCUGGAAACUACACGUGUGAGGCAAGCAAUGUUGCACAUAAAAGAGUGACAGAUGCAGCCACUUUGCAUGUAUUCGUUAAUGGAGGAUGGUCGGAAUGGUCUUCAUAUGCUGGACACUGUCAAGUAGAUUGUGAAUUGCUGAGAUAUCAGUUGACAGCUUCUCCUUCAGCGGAAGCUAUUCCUCAUUUACGACGAACCAGAACAUGCAAUAAUCCUCCUCCUCUAAAUGGAGGUGCUUAUUGCAGCGGGAAUGAUGAAGAUCUUCGUCAAUGCGAAAUACCUUGUCGCGUAAAUGGUGGCUGGUCCAAGUGGUCAGAAUGGUCCGCUUGCACACCAACCUGUCAUCGUUUCCGUUCCCGAACAUGCACUGUUCCAAGCCCUUUGAAUGGAGGAACCUCAUGUCCUGGACGUGAUCUGGACACUCAACCUUGUAGUGAAGGAUACUGUCAACCAAUGACUUCAACAUCUGACAUAGCCUUAUAUGGUGGCAUAACAUGUGUUGCGAUUUUACUGUUUGUUAUAAUGGCCUUAUGUAGUGCACUUGUCUGUAAGAGAAAUCGCGGACGCAAGCUUAACAAAAAUAAUGCCAACAACAUCUAUUACGCUGAAAGUGGAGCUCACGUACGAAGAGUCCUGUUAGACCAAAAAGGGGGAUUGAUAGAUGACAUGCACAAGUUACCGCAUGGAUCACAGUUUUUCACCUUAGCGAGUACUUGCUCUCCGUCACCAAUGCAUCCAUCUAUGACUUUACGUUCAGAAAAGAGUGGAUACAGUGGAUACUCAGUCAAUAGAAAUGUUGGUUCUCGUGCUGCUUUGAUUAAUGAAUGCUCAUCUUCAAAUUCGUCAUCAGGCGGAGGAAAACGAACUUUACUCCGAACAUCUUCAAAUUGUUCCGAUGACGACGAUAAUUAUGCUACAUUGUAUGAUUAUUGUAUUGAUAAUUAUGUAGAAUAA